AUGUGCUUGGUCUCUCACCCUACCUUAGUACCUUCUCCUUCUCAGUCCUUCGUCCGCUCCCUCAAGAAGCCCCCACGCCUUCCCUUUUCCACCUCUCCGCCUUCUGGCUCUCCUCACGCCUUCCCUUUUCCACCUCUCCCCCUUCUGGCUCUCCUCACGCCUUCCCUUUUCCACCUCUCCGCCUUCUCCCUCUCCUCACUUGGAUCCCUCUCCUCCUCUUCCUCUUCCGCCUCGCGCUUCUCUUCUAGUCGCCACAGCGAGCGGAGCAGAGAGGACGACCACCGCAAGGCCAAUCUUGUCAGGUUUCCCCUCAGUUCCUCCAGUGAGAAGCGCGGGUGGCUCCUCGAUCCCGCCUCCGUCGGCAUCCAAGGAGCAGGUUGUCGACACCUACCAUCUAAUCAUGAAGGAACAGCGGAAUGCGACAAGUACUGGAAACAGAUUGAGACAGAUAGAUUGUCUAAGCUGGUUUUCUCUCCGACGGACAAGGAAAACGGUGACAGAAGAAAAUUUGCUGUGGUUGCCAAAGACAGAAUAUUCGACAAGGUGACUUCCAGUGAAAACCCCAAGGAAUUGUUUGAUCCGAUACUUCACCAGCCAAAGAAUUCCGAUGCGGUUGAGAACUUCGACUAUGAGGCCAUCCCAUGACUGGUCGUGCGAGCUAGUGUGUCCAACAGUACGAUCAUAAGUUGAGAGCUGGUUUCUUAUGGCCGUUAAUUGUUAGUGCAAAAGAAGUUGCAGUGUCAGUUUGUUAGGUCUUGUGCUCACUGUUGUAAAUAAUGAGCGGAAUCUGUAAUCAAUCAUCUGUAAAAUGUUCUUAAGCAAUGUUCUAAGUAUGGAUUUCCAUCUCA